UUCAGAUCGAAAUGAGAUUGAUUUAGUUUUGAAAUAGUGCGGAUACAACAGCGUAGAUUUCUGUAAAUAUCGUGGAGUGUUAAAAUAGCGUGGGCAAAUUGAAAGAACUAGUGUGGUGGUUGGUUCCUUUCAAUCUUGUGAUAUGGCGUCCAGUCCCAUAGACGAAGACCAGUUAGCCGACGCUAUCCGGUCGGUGGUGAACCACUUCGUGCCAGUGCUCAAGGACUCCACUUCGGUGGAGCAGGCGGAGGAGUUACUGAGGAAUGCAGAGGAGACUGAUGAGAACUUCCACAAGCUAGACUUGGUCACGCUUCUCACCAACCGCAUUGAAUCCGGAUUAUCUAUUGUACUUGACAAGGAGCUAGAGCGUCAGAAACUGAACGAGCGUCCCGUGCAUAUUCAAGGCCAGCUACAAGAACGAAUAGUGUCCAAUAUCAUGCAGUCGAGUGUCUAUGCAGAACUCAGACGGGAUAUUCUGAGCAGCACUAAGAAUGCAGUAGACCGGCUGUGUAGUGAGUACGUGGACGAGGACCACGAGGUGGCCAAGGGGGCAGAGAGACAGUUUGGGGGGUCCAACUGGGCCGGUGGAUAUACGGGGGGUCUGGUCAGCUCCAAACGAGGAGGUGGAACGCAGUACUCUUUCUCGGAAGAUUCGAGUGUAGGUGGCUCCAGCUACAACCACAGUGGGUUUGGCUUUAUCGGAAUUGACAGGUUCAAACAGAUUGUCACUGGACUGGAAACGAAAAACUCUUCCGAAAUCAGAAGAGCCUCGAUGAUAAAACUUUGUCGACUGAACCCAUCGGAUAUGUUGGACGAGGUUCAAAACCCGCUUAAAUCUGUUAUUUUUGACUGUUUGGCUGACAGUGAUCCAGUGUUAGCUGAAAAAGCGUUCGCCUAUACUUCAAAAUUGCUGAGUAAUUCAAAUGUAGGGCUGACGAAAUCUGUGUUUGCAUCUUUCGCCGAGCAUGUCAAAAGUCAAAUCAGUUCGAAAAGAGCUCAGCAGAUGUUGAGUUACAGGGAUGGAGUAUCAAUUGAUUCUCCCUUUUUGAGCCAAUUAUUGGCAAAAUUCAGGCUCAUUAAAGACUUCCACUUGCAAGUAUCGAAGUAUUGGAUCCGAUAUCCAUCUGAAAGCCUAAUGGAGAUCGUUAUAACUAAUACCUUGAAUUUGUUGUCUGUGCAAAUUGGUGGCGUGACAUCGAAGGACAAAGAAUCGAUCAAUGAAAUUCUUACACCAGCGCAUCUAAUUGCAUUUCUGGAUCCGGUGGCGUUGUGGUUUAAAACCUGGAUCCACGGCGCUUUUAGUAGAGUUCACCUUUUAGAAGAAUUGGCAAAAAACCGAAAUUUCGUUGAGACAACAGCUUUGGAAUGCUACAAGUAUUACGAUUUCAAAUCUAAAGCAAAAGUCAAUGAUCCUUUGGAUGUUGGAGAUGCGAGCAAAGUUACGCCACGGAAUACAGGGUCUGAAAUAACGUACAGAGCGAAACAAGUGCGAUGCAUUCAGUUUGUGCAUGCUAUGAAUAUAAUGACCCACUUGCUGAGAUUCAAAAAAGGUCGUGAACUUUUUCCCAUCAAAGACAAAAGUACAGGAGAGGUUAUUUCAAUACAAAUGUUUCUUCUGAAGUUGCUGAAAUUUAUAACCAAUCCAGUUUCAGUCCCAGCUAAAAAUGUUAAGCGAGUUUCGGGAUCUGAAAAACAUAUGGAUACUGCCCACUUGGUCAAAAAGCUCUUCAAGACACUGUCAUACGAAGAACUGCCGUGCAAAGAAUGUAUAUGCAGCAAAGCUAUUGUCGAAGUCUUGAUGGAACCGGUUGUAAGUUGGACCGAGUAUGCACACGGUAACAUUACCUGUACGAAUUUGCCAGGCAAGACCACUAUGGUAUAUGUAGCUGAAAUUCUGAUCAAUAUGGUAUCUUCUGAGCCUGGCCGAUGUUUCUUCAAAUCGGUAUCUGUGAAAUCUCCGCUGGUCUCUACAACGUCAGCAAAAGCUUCGCAAGCCAAGACAGUUGAUAUGAACCCAUGCGAAGUUCUGUGUGAUUUUACUGUAAGGGCGCUUAGAGGUGAAAUAAAAUCGGGCGUUUUUGAUUCCGGUAACUCUGAGCCGAUCAUUGAGAGCUAUAUAUUCUUGUGCAGGCAGUUGUAUAACCAUCACGAGGAGUUUCAACUAAUGCAAUGUGGAGAUCUGGCUUCUGCUCUAUCGCAAGCAUGGCAUGAGUCUCUGAGAAAUGUAGAUCUUACACGGACUCCGACCCCAACUGGAGGCACCGAAGGACCCUCAGGGUUUCGAGACCAGGGUGCUGCAAAGAGUUCGACCCAGGCAAUGCUGACACAUUCUGGAUCUUUAAGCGUUAGACUGGACUCAAACAAUGAUGAGCUCAAAUGGCAAAAUGUGCUUGUAGAUAAUUUGCUCAAUUUCGCUGCUACUCCCAAAGGACUGUUGCUUCUGCUUCAAAGCGGAGCUGUUGAUAGCUGUGCACACUACAUGUUUGGUCGGUACUCUAAGAAACUGCAAGUGAGCCGUUGUGAAAAAUUUGGAUACGGAGUUCUGGUGUCGCGUAUAUCUGGAUGCGCUGCCGGCAUGCGCGCUUUGAAAGAAGCUGGGUUCAUUUCGCUCUUUGUUUCCGAAAUCUGGAGUAAUAUUGAAUCUUGUCCUGAUGACAGAAAAAUCGCGUACCCGUACGUCUACCCCACAGAUCCGAUAGACCAAAGCUGCAUGAAGUCAUUCAACUCGCUGAUGAAUGUUCUGAGCACUUUUACAGCUGUAUACGAGCUGUUCUAUAGAGUUGAGUUUCCUACGAAGCAGAAGUACAGCUUAAGAGAUGUACCUGAAGACAUCGUGGAUCUUAUCAACCGAGUGGUUAUGAUAGCCGAUCCAGUUAAAGUGGACUCUGUUUUCAACGUGGAGCAAUCGCACGUGUUUGGUCUGCGUCUUAUUAAUUCAAUUUUUGCGUCUCUCGACUCCUUAUUGUUGUUCCGAACGCAAUACAAAGUGGAAGAAGUGCUGCUUGAUAUGCAGAAAGGAAAUUUAGUCGAAGAAGAAAAACCGGGUGGUAAAAGUUCAUAUUACGUUCUUGACAUGCCAGUUGUCGAACGGAACCACGUGUUAAUUCGCAUGCUGACAAUAGGAGGAUCCGAAGAACGAGUUUUGCCGCCACGAGAAGUGAAGAAGGAUUGCUCAGAUUAUAAUUUCCCAAUUUUCCAUAAGCUCCCUGUUCCAAGUUUAUAUAUUGUCCAAAGCAGCAAAUCCCCUGCGAAAACUUCCUCGAAUGAACUUACAAAGUUUUUGAGUAAUACCCAAAAUUGGGAGCGCGACCAAAAAUGGCUAACAAAUUGUACCGAUAUAAUGCUUGCCACAGUUCAAAAUAAGCAACAGAUUAAAGGCGCUCAUCUCGCAAAUAUUUUGGAAAAGGCACUGGAGGCGAGAAGCAAAUUGAACCCUGACCUUUUGAUGUCCAAACAAAAACCCAGCGUUGCUCAAUUGGCAACUGAAAAUUUGAUGCCGUCUGAGAGCUUAGCAGUUAAAAUGAUUGCCACGUAUAGCACGAAUUUGAAAAUCCUGAGCUGUGAUCAAAAAGAAUCAGAAAGUUCACUAACAACUACAUUGAAGCGCGUUCAGUCGAGCCUAGCUGCCGAAACUAGAAAGGCCGAUAAGAAUGAAUCAGAACAUAAACUGGUAUCUGCGAGUAAAUUUGCAGAAAGCGGCCGAUACCCUUCAAUGGAUUGGUUUGCUGCAGUGGUCCAUUUGAUGUUCGGAGCUGACUCGAAACGUUGUUGUGCAUUUCUCUCAGAUUACGCAAACGUGAAUGAAUCAAUAUGUAUUUGGCCAGCAAGAGGUUUUAUGUUCCAUAACGGACCCAAGGCGUCUACAUGUGAGCUGGAGCCUUUGAUGUAUAUCGUGGGCAACAAUUUGGAGUUGAUAGUGGAAAAAGAAUUACCGAACAUUGACUCGGCGUUCAGAAUGAGCGGGUAUUCUCCAGCAUUAAUUGCUCAGUUCUGGUUACGACAAUGUUUUAUUAACAUUCUUAACUGGCCGGAUAUUGUAAACUAUGUAUUAUUGAGUGUCGUUUGCGGUGUUGAUUUUGCAAUCUACUUCUGUGUCGCAAUUCUUAAGCACUUGGAGCGAGAUAUAUUGACUAAUAGUCAGCAGCAGACACUUCUAGUGUACCUAAAGGAUCUGCCUGUCAGUGGAUUCAAAACAAGUUGCUAUGUGGACUUCAUGAAGAAACUAAAGGGCAAAUAUCGAAAGUUGAUUCAAAAAAAUCUGAACUCUGUAUUUAAGUAGCUAUUUUUAGUUUGUUCUAUUUUUAGUUUAUGC